AAACAAACGUGAGUUUGAUCAAAUAAUCAUGAUAAUACGUUUGUCUCUUUAUAUUCAAGUUCAAAUCUUUUUCAAUGUAUAUGCGAAUAAAUUUGUUCUUGUAACAAGGAUAAUGGAUUCAAAUCUUUGAUAGGACUUAAAAGAUAUGAGAUAGAUUUUCUUGACCAAAAUGACAAAAUGCAUAUUGGAUUUUUUGAUCUUGAAAAGGUGGGAAGGGAAACCAAAAACCAUAAUGGAUGAAAUUGAUUAUUUCCAACAGUUCCCAACACGAGAAUUAUGAAGGGGAAUAAAAAUAAAAAAAAAAAAAAAAAAAGGGGACAAAAAUAGUAGUUGGUAGAGAAACAAGAAAUAAGAAAUAAUUGUAAAAAAUAGUAGAAAUUGUAAUUGAUGAUGGAGGAAAUAAGAGAACGGAGGGGAGGGAAAGCCAAUCCAAACCAUCAUUGCGAAUCUUGGGACGGCCCUAGCUCCCCCAUCAUUUUACAAAAACCUAGCUACCCAUAAUUGUCCCUCUCCUCUUCUUCCAUAUCCACUUUUAUGACCAAAAUACCUCUAGUAUGCCCUUUAUUUUGUUUUUCUUUUUUUCCCAAGUAUUUUUUUUAUAAGUUUAUUUAUUUCUUUUGCUGCAAAACCCAAAAAACCAUCAUUCACAUGACGCCAUAUUCAUCAUCAUCAUCAUAGAAGACAAAAAACGCUAAAAUCUUUUAGGCCCCAAACCGGCCGCCUUCCAUGCUUACACAUGCAUGAUUGUGGUGUCAGAUCGAGACGGGCAUGUCCCCUUGACAACCCUCCCUCUCUCUCUCUCUCUCUCUCUCUCUCUCUCACAUAUGGUUGCUUUGUUUCUCUGUGUAGGAGGACUCGUAGUAGUGGCAUUGGCACUAUAAAUUAAGGCCCUCUUUGUUCCUUUUGUCCCUCACACCGAACUCUUCCUUUUUCUCUCUCACUGCUACUACUUGUUACAGAACCAGAAGAUUUGCUUCUCCGGCCCCAAAGCUCUCUUACCAACCCAACCUUCUAAAGGGGCAACACAGGAAUUGAAGACAAUUUUCACAGCAAUGGACAGAUUGAACUCGAAGCUGUACUUGCAGAACUGCUACAUAAUGAAAGAGAAUGAGAGGCUGAGGAAGAAAGCACAGCUGCUGAACCAGGAGAAUCAAGCAUUGCUUUCCGAGCUUAAGCAGAAGCUGUCCAAAAGUGCUUCUUCAAAAGCAAAAGCCAAUGCAGCUGCAGCUGCUGGGAAUACCAUUCCUGACCUCAAUCUCAGCUCUUCCUCCAACCCAAAUGGUACUGGUUCAACCAACUAAUUAUCAGAUAAAAUUAAUUAAAAUUAAGUAAAAAUGUGAUGACCCCAGUAGGAGGAAGAGGAGGAUUUAGCCUUUUUUUUGUGUAAUAUUAUUAGUCGACAGUUGUAGUCCCAGUUUUAGAUACAAAAUAGGACAAGAUGAAGUUGUGUAUCUUUUGCACUACCAAAGAAAGCUUCUGCUUCUUCUAUUUCCGUAUCUAUUUUUGGGGGUUUAUUAAAAAUUUCUGCACUACAAGGAUGUAUCAAGCUAUCUAGCAAGCAAUAUAAAUAUUAUUUUAGCUUUA